AUGGACAACAUCGACGAGGAAUAUAACCGGCUCGUUGAACACCUUCAUGACUGCGUGAAGAAGGCUGAGAGUUCUAAAACCACCAAGAGACGCCUGUCUCUUGAAACUCUUGAGCUGAUACGCCAGCGUGGAGCAGCACGAGCCGCAGGGAACCAAGAACUCACGUCGGUGCUCGCAAGGCUUUGCAGAGAGGCGAUAAAGGAAGACCUUAAAGAGAGAAGAGCAGAAGUAAUGGCUGAAGCUGCAGAGACGGGGAAAAACAUCCGUUAUGCCCGUCGAGAUUUCGCCAGUCGCAAGGCAAGGAUGACUGCUCUCCGGAACCUGAAGGGAACAACCAUUGCAUCGAGAAGGGGGAUGGAGAAAAUCAUCUACGACUUCUACUCCGAUCUCUUCGACAGCCAUGUCCACUUGCCUCCUCACCAUCUGAGGGAAGAGACAUAUCAUUCCAGAGGUUCUCCCGUCCGAAAUACGACAUGCUAUCAUGUCGGUAAGAAAUCGUACGGCACCCGGUCCCGACAGAAUAGGACCAGAACAACUGAAGAACCUUCCACCAGUACUCAUCAACACCCUGGCGAGGCUCUUUACACGUUACCUGUCGGAAUGCAAGGUUCCUAA